AUGGCGAAUCGUGGAGCUACGUCUAGACGUGUUCCUGAAACUGAAGCUGCAAUAAGUUAUGUACAAUGUGAUGGCUUGGCAGUAAUGAAAAUAGUGAAGCACUGCCAUGAAGAAUCAUGUAGUAACAUGGAUGUGGCCCAAGGGGCCUUGUUGGGACUUGUGGUUGAAAACCGUCUGGAGAUCACCAAUUGUUUCCCAUUUCCUAAACAUGAUGAUACCAUGGAUGAAGAGGAAUAUCAGCUUGAUAUGAUGAGGAGAUUGAGACGAGUGAAUGUUGAUCAUUUUCAUGUUGGAUGGUACCAAAGUGCUGAUGUUGGUAACUUUUUGAGUCAGUCUUUGCUAGAGUCUCAGUAUCACUACCAGACUUCUAUUGAGGAAAGUGUGGUUGUCAUAUAUGACACCAAAAAGUCUGCCCGAGGAUUCAUAACACUAAAGGCCUAUCGCCUUACUCCUCAGGCCAUUGCUAUGUACAAAGAGGGUGACUACACACCAGAGGCCCUUCGCAACUUGAAAAUUGGUUACGAGAACUUGUUUAUUGAAGUGCCUAUUGUGAUUCGUAACUCACCAUUAACUAACAUUAUGAUGUCGGAGUUAUCAGAGAUGAUUCCAGAAGAAGAAGGCUCAAGAUUCUUGGACUUAGGAACAGCUUCUGUACUCGAAGGGCAACUACGCAGCUUGAUGGAACGCGUCGAUGAGCUCAAUCAAGAGGCCAUUAAGUUCAACCGUUACCAACAUUUAGUUGUCCGUCAACAGCAAGACAAACACCGUUGGCUUCUAAAGAGGGCUCAAGAAAACGCUGCAAGGGCUGCUAAAGACGAAGCACCGCUACCAGAAGAAGAUGUUAAUAAACUCUUCAAACCGCUUCCUGUCCCACCAAGGCUCAACCCUAUGAUUGUUGCUGGUCAAAUCAAUACAUACAGCCAGCAUAUAAGCCAAUUCUGUUCACAAAGCCUGGCUAAGGUCUACUUGACCCAGGCGUUACAGAACGCAAAGGAGUCUAAACAAAACAGCACAUAA